CGAAAGCGUUUGGCAAUAGCACAUGUAAAUAAGGUUAGCAUGUCUCCUUCAAAGCCGGUAAUUGUACCGAUAAUGCAAGCGACUGUAGCCGUAGGUGCAAGCUUUCCUUCCUUCGCUUAUGACAAGUACUCGUGACCCAUAUCGCUUCGCUCGAGAUGUUUAUUGUCAAUAGUUAGUGUAGGAACCAUUGCCAAGUCGCCUGUUGACCCAGUGAGGGCUUCGCCCGUCGUCAGAAAUGGUGCUGCAUCAAGCCAUUGAAAUCCUAAGCCUAAAGCCAAAUCAACGGACCCAGUUCCAUCUGCAUAAGCUUGCUUCACUUCUUCGUAGUCAAGAUGGUUUCUUCGGUCCUUUGAGUCAUGCGGACACCGAAGUUGUCAGCAAAUGGCUUGGAUACGAAUACGUUCCUCCCGGACAUCCUGUCUACCAGCAGGGCCAGUUCGGUGACAGCAUGUACAUUAUCAUCAGUGGCACAUGCGAUGUCCAUCCAGUGGCUGGCUACCAUCCCUUCCCAACCGACCCCGGUCUGCCCUGUCGUACUGGCGUCAACGGCGGUCGCAGCUCCCUCGUAGUGGGUCAGGCGUUCGGCGAGCUGGCGUUAGUGGCGGCUCGGCGGCCCCGCAGUCGCACGGUGACGGCGGGCGGCGGCGGCGCGCACCUCGCCACACUUGACCGCAGUGCUCUCAACCAGAUGCGCUUCCUGGCUGCGGCGCAGCCCCAAGGUGAUGCGGGUCGAGCGCUGCAGGCGGUGCUGGCCGCCUGCUGCUUGGGCGUGCUUCGGGUGCCGCCGGGCAGCCGGGCGACGGAGGAGGUGGAGGCGCUAGCGGAGUUCAUGGGGACCAUGGAGGCCUUCAAGAGCCUGCCCGCCGACAUGGUUCGCCGCCUCGCAGCCGACUGUUCCCACCUGCGCCUCCCAGCCGGCCGAGUGGUGUUUGAGGAGGAUGCGCCCGGCCACAGCAUGUACGUCGUGGUUUCGGGACAGUGCCUGGUUCGAGCCCGGCCGCUAGCACAACGCAACGGCGCCAACCGCGGUAGCCGGCCGCUACAGCAAGGUGGAGGUGGGGGCUCAUUCGCGGCUAGGACGGCGACGCCGACGGCGGCGGCCGCUGCCGCGGCCGCGACGGAGGCGGCUUCGGCCGCCGCUGCCGCCUGCGGCGGCGGCAGUAGCGCUACCAGUGAGGCUAGCUGCAAGACGGGCAUUGGCGGUAGCGGCAGUGUUUCGUUGGCGACGGUGCUGAAGAUUCAUGUGGAUACGGAUGACGGUUGUAGCAGUUGUGUGCGACAUGAGGAUCGAAGUGAGGUGGAAAGUACGGCAGCGGCGUCGUCAACGUCGGGGGCGACGGCGGCGGAGGAAGUUGAGAAGACGCGGCGUGGAGAGGUACCGUCGGGGGCGGCUGAGGUGCUUGGAAGUCCAAAGGACAGCCCUUUUUGGAUCGCGAGGUUUAUGUCGGAAGCGCUAAAGAGGUUACAUGUGGAUGACCAUGCGCAUGGUUUGGGCCAUAACAUAACGCCACUGGCGGCCGUAGCAGCGGCGCGGUGGCGGCAGGCGGCGGCGGGACGUCGCGGUCGCAGCCCCGGCAACGGCGAAGAGUACGACAACGUUGGCGGAGAGGAGGAUGUCUCUGACGGCGACGGCGGAAGUCACGCUGCUAGCGUCAGCGGUGACGCUAGCGGCGGCGACGGUAGCGUUAAAAGCGGUAGGGGCGGCGGCGGCAUGAGCAAGGCUGGCAGCAGCAGCGGCAGCAGUAGCAAGAGCGUUAGCGGCGGCGGCGGUGUGGUAGAAGAAGCGGAGGACGACGAGGAAGAAGAAGAGGACGGGAUGGCGAUGGAAUCACUUCUGGGUCGCGCGGCGGCGCGAGCGUUACACCGCGCAAUGGCGGAGCAGCGUCAGUUGCAUAACGGCGCAAUGUACGGCAGCGGCGGUGUGUCGUCGCGCAGCAAAUCCACCUCCACCGACGGCGCCGGAAGCGAAACCGUCGCGGAAGGCGACGGUUCGGUUCCGUCGGUGGUCGCUGGAUCUGUUUCGCGGCUGACGUCACGUAACGCCUCCAUGCGACCGACGCCGCGUAACGGCCCAACCGUACUUUCCGUACCAACGGCGCCGCAAGUCGCGAUGGAGGAUCCGGCGAAGCGCCUGCUGUCGCAGAUUGGAACCCGUGAUCCGGCCCACGUGAGUCGUACACUUCUGGCGGAGCUUGUACAGCGUGCCGACGUGGGUGUCGUACUGUACGAAGUCGCCAAGAAGCUUGUACGGCGCGGAGGCGGGCCGCGGCGCAUUACCCAGCUGACGUCACGCAAGAUCAAUCGGGCCUUACAUCAGCAGAUCUGCGCGGGUCCGGAUCGGCUUCUGGGAACGCUGCAAGGGCAGCGAGUGUUGGGUCGGCAUGCAACGAUAACGAACAACGGUCAUGGCAUAGUCGUUGGCGGCGGAGGGGCGAUGUCGUACAUGAGUGCUGAGGGGGGUAGGGACAGCUUCAGCGCGGGGCCGUGGAGCGAGGCGCUGGUACCUCAGGUGGGCGCAGCAGCGGCAGUGGGGGCAAGAGAGGUGUCCAGGGAGGUCAAAGACCAUACCAAACCUUGGGGGCAGACCAGCCAGGGAGGGGGCCACCGCCACUUGGGGCGGCCGCCCAGCACCCUCACCUCCGGAGCAUCCAUGUACGACACGUAUUCCGAGUACGGCAUUGACGACGAGGGCCUUGGAUCUGAGUACGACUGGAACGGCAGCGAUCUCUUCAGCUUGGCGUCGUACGGCAACAAUGGCAACGGUGUUAACGGCAACAUGUACGGCACUUGUGGUAACAACAGCGUCAGCGUUAGGACGGGGCUGAUGUCUUCGCAUGGUGCCCUGGCGUCCAUGCGGCGUCGUACACUUCAUGAGGUCGUGGAUCAUGGAGCUCUGAUUAACACAGAGUCACUGAGCGCUGCUGAGCUGGAUGCACUGUACGGCCCACUCAUCCGGUCGGUGGGGCCGGGGCAGUCGUUCGGCGAGCUGGCGCUCCUACAUCGGGACUCCCGCCGGACAGCCACCGUCAUCACAGGUCAACCCCCACCACACCCGCUACCCGGCCCCUUCCCCGCCCUCACCGCCACCCACUCCACCUCCUCCACCUCAUCAUCAUCAACCGCCCUCACGACCCCCUCGGCCACCACACUCACCUCCCAACUGACCCACGGGUCACAGACUUCCUCAUCUGCCACCGCAACCCAAUUAGCGGCAUCCGCUUCGCCCGACCCGCUUGUUGACCUCAUCGUCAUUUCCCGCAGCACCUACAACCACACGGUUCGAGCCACGCAGGUUGCACAGCUCCAAACAUUACUCAGUUUCCUUUCUCGUCUGAGUCCCUUUCGCGGCCUCAGCGACCAGCAACGGGCCAGCUUGGCUGUGUUCUGCAGGCCGCGUCAGGUGGCAGCAGGCGCGGUGUUGGCCGUCCAAGGAGAGCCCGUGACCACACUUUGGAUGGUGCAAGAAGGCGAGGUGCUGCUGCUCGACAGUACGGCAGGCAUUGCCGACGUCCUCAUGGGUCCUCCAGCAACCGGCUCCUCGAAGAUGGCGCUGCUACGCAGCGGUGUCAGCGGUGGCGGUAGCGGUACCGUGGCGCUCGUUCCCUCACCGCCGCCGCAGCAGCAGCAGGUUGCGACGGGGGCGGCAGCGCAGCAGGGGCAGCAAUCGCAGGCGGCGGGAGGAGGAGGAGGUAGUGGCCGGGGCAGGGGCGGUGUUACUGCUGCUGCUGCUGCGGGUAGGGGCGGCCGGGGACUGCUGAGGCAGCUGUCGGCACCGGAGGGCAACAACGGGGGAGGAGCAGGAGGUGGCGGAAGCGGGAGUACGGCGCCACGAGGAGGAGUGGGGCGGUUGCCACCGGCGGCUCUGGGCAUGCGGCAGGACGCCUACGGGCACCGCCGCGUGAUGUUCGACUCGGGCACCAUUUCCUACGAUGGCGACGGCAGCAACACCUCCGGACCCGAUGGGGAGCCCCUGCGUCACGUGGCCCCGGGCGUGCUUGCGAACCUGGGGGGCGCGCUGACGUGCAUGGGGCCCGGCGGGAUGUUUGGGGAGGGGCUGCUCGCGAACCUGGUGCAGCUGCCGUCGUCGGGGGCCAGCGAUUGCGGCAGCAGCGUUUGCGGCGGGGACUGGCGGGAGGGAGGCAAGCUGGCAGGGCAACAGGAGUGUGAGGACCCACGCAGUCGCAAGAGCUGGGCCCGUGCCUCCACCUCCGCUGCCAACCUCCCUCGCUACCCAUGCACUGUCGUCGCCCGGCGUGCCACCAAGCUCCUCACCAUUUCCGCCAAUGACCUCUCGCGCUUCGCUAAUGUCGUCGCCGCGCCGCUGGCGGCGCUGGCGGCGGCGCGCGCUGAGCUCCUCGCGAGUCGCGCCGCGUCCGUCGGCGCCGCCAGAGAUGCGGUUUCGGAGCGCAUUGCCGACGGCCGUCGCGUGCUUCGCGAUCUCCGACAAGCGGUGGCGUCGGGGGCGCCACUGACGGAAAACGCAAUGCUAAUGGCGGACCUACGGAAUGAAGAGGCGGCGGCGGCUGCCGUCGCCGCCGCUGAGGCAGCGGCGGCGGCGGCUGCAGUCGGAUCGCCGUCGCCACUGGCGGCGGCGGCGCCGCCGCCAGCCAUGGUGGGUGUGCGGGAGCUCAUGGGCCUCUGGCCAGAUCCCAUUGGGCUUCAAGGGAAGCAUAAACAUCACCGGCGGCGGUUCUCGGAUCCAUGCAGUACGGCGGGAGCGAGUGGCGGAGCCAGCAGCGCUGUCGCCAUGGCGGCGGCGGUUUUAGCGCGUCAUCGCAACGGUUGGCCGUACAGAUACGAGCCGCACCGCGCUGCGGGUCGCCUGGCGGCGGUGCUGUCGGACAGCACGCCGGAGCUGCCGCGGUCGCUGCUGCUGCCGACACUUCAGACGACGGAAUGCGGCGACGGCGACGGCGGCGUUGUUGAGGGUACGGCAACGGAGAUGGCGGCGGAGGUGGCGGUGCCUGCGGUGGCGGACGGUGCUUGCGUUACGACGGCGGUGGCGGUGGCGGCGUUGCCGCCGCGGCGGGCUUUUGGAAGCGGCCACAUCCGGCCUCCGCUUCUGUCCACGAUUGAGGAGGAGAGCAGCGCUUACAGCGUAGCUCGCGGCAGGGCGUCAUCCUCCGGUGGCGCUGUGUUUGACGUCGGCAGCAGCAGCUCUGGCGGCGGUUCCGAGGCACCGAGCAUUGUGCGCACACAAAGCGCCCUGAGCGAGGAGCUUGCCGCCGCUGCCCCUGUUGCUGCUGCUGUGCAUGCUUACAUUGGCAGUGAUGUCGGCACGGUUCCUGUGGCUUUUGUCACCGCUGCGCCGACGGCCGCCGUACAUGCGACGGCGGCGAUGGCGACGGCCGCCGUGCCGCCAACGGUGGCGGCGGAGGCGACUGUCGCCAUGCCGCCAAUGGUGGCGGCGGAGGCGACGGUCGCUUUGGCGCCAUCAGUGGUGCCGACGCAGGAGGAGGAGGCGGAGGAGGAGGACACUGACCCACGGGACGCUUUCGAUGCGUUCAGCUGCGGCAGCAGUGAGGAGGAUCUGUUGGCAGAGGAGGAGACACCGCCCAGUGAGACCUUCCUGAUGAACAUGAGGCCUCCGGCGGCGGUGACGGCGGCGAGGGUUGCGGUGACGCUGCCGACGUCAGUGCCGACCGCGGCGGCGGCGGUGGGGGCGGCGGCGAGGGAUUCAGCGGAGGUGCUGCCGCUGGUAAUGCUGACGGAGCGGCUGGCGGAACUGGAGGUGGAGGUGGGAGUGGCAAAGGAUGUUAGGAACUGUGGGGAGGAGGAAGGGGAGGAAGAAGGGGAGGAAGAAGGGAAGGAAGAAGAGGGUGAGGAGGAGGAGCAGGAGAGAGAAGAAGAGGAUGGGGCGCCUUGGCCGAAACAGCGAGCAGGUUCCAACUCUGUCGGCGCUAUGGAACAAAUGCAGCAGCAGCUGAACUCCCUUUUGGAUCUGGUUUCGCAAGUUCAUACGGCAAGCACCAGCAACAAUGGCAGCGGCGGCGGCAGCAGCAGCGGCAACGCCAGCGGCGGCGGCAGCUUCAGCAGCAGCCCUAGUCCCGGCGGUGGUAGCGGCAGCGGCAGUAGCAAGCGCCCGAGCUAUGACGGCUGUAGCGGCGCUUCCGAUAACCGAAAACUGCCGUCGUUGCGGCACCCAAUGCCGACGUCGGCGACAACAUCGUCGACCGCGCCGUCAGCGUCGUCGUCAAACGGCAUGUCGCCAUCGUUACCUCAACUGAAUUGGUUGUCGCGCCACGGUUCGUUGGAACGAUCCGAGGCGUUCAAGUACCGCAAGGUGCACGGCGCUGGCAACCUAACCGCUCCAGGAGAAGCAGUUGAAAGCCAACCGGCGCCGCCGCCACUCCCGCGGCCGCCUCGGCCGCCAGGACCGCAGUCGCUUCCACCGCCGGCGAGUCCAGCUCCCCGUCGCCUGAGUCGUACAUCCAGCGGCGCCGCUGCCGCCGCCGUGCAGUCGCUGCCGCCGACGUCGCCGUCACGCUUCGAAGAUUCGUCCGGCGCCGCCAGCCCAAUGAGUCGGCCGUACAGCGGCAACAUGUACGGAGACGUCGAUGACAGCGUGUCGGCGUACGGCGGCUCGUCAUUCACUGGGGCGCGCAGCCCCUCGGAAUCCUCACUGGCGAUCUACUCUGACGACGGCGGCGCCAGUCCGGACUUGACGAAGGUCGCGACUGAGUCGGCGGUACGGCGAUCUAUGAUUGCCGGCGCGUCACUGACGUCAAUGACGACGUCGCUGCCAUCAAUGCCGCCGGCGCCGCGGGCGCCGGGCCACGGAAUGCGUCGCGUGUCGUCAAACAUCUCUGAAGGCCUUAUGCCGCUUCCCGGUUUCUCCUCCGCCAGCAAUCCGACGUCAGCAGCGGCGGCGUCGGCCGCAGGGCCGAAUGGUACGGAGAGCCAGCAGCGCCGUACGGCGGUGAAGAUGGCGCCUGGUGGCGGCGACGGGAGCUCCAAGACCGCGCCAGUUGUACCUCCAUUAGCUCUACCAUCAUUAGGCAACGGUCAUGCAUCGCGGCCCGACUCAGCCGUGUCCGAUGCAACUUCAGUUGGUUUGUCGGCGCCGCCGUUGGUUCGGCCAUACAACAUACGGUCUGACGGGGAUGUGCCGCCUCCGCACGCGCCUCUGCCGCCGUUAGCGCUGGCGGCACUCCGACGUCAUCUGGCGGCGGCGGCGGCUGCCGGCGGCGGCGAUGACGACUUGUACGGCAGUCCGCAAGCAUGCAGCCCGCGUGCCGCAAUGACGGAUAGUCCGUUGCGAAAUGGAGUACGGCCAUUAGUUGCCGUUGAGUCGCCCGUACAUAGCCCGCGUAUGUUGUCUGAAGUUUACUAAAGACGUUAGUUCAGUCGUGACGUAGAGGCAAACCGGGGUGGUGGUGGUCAUGGAGCAUAAAGGUCCAUACCUAACGCCAACGUCUGGUGUCAUGGUAAGGUAGUGUUUUUAGCCCGCGUGUAGAAGGAUAUGUGUAUGUAUAUAGGCGGGCGCAUGCAUAUGAAAGUGACACUGUGUUUCUGCGGCUUGGGUGCGAAUAGGGGCGCAGAUGAUUGAGAUGGAUUGACCUGAAUGAUUGCUUAUUUUUCGUCAUGGUUCCGUUUUAAGGUCUCACUGCCCCUGAUGUGCACAAGGGGAAAAGGGAGAACCCCAUGGCGAAGCGUUGUGUUGAAUUCCUAAAACCCACACACAUGGCCUCAUGAGGUGUCGUGCCUGUCACGUACGACAUCCCUCCUCAUUCAAUACUAUUCUUAUUUAGCCGUUUGAAUGUUGGCGAUACCAGGCUCAUCUCUAGCAUGUAGCUCUUUCUAAUUGUACCGGUAUGCACAGCGUAACGCUCUUACGUAACUCGUUCAGGUCCAUUCCUUACCUGUCUCUGAAUAAUGGGCUGUACUACUGAUGCUCCUUCCUUGUUACUAGCGUCUUGGUUUCGUCAAAAAUGUGCCCUCUAGACAUGUUAGGAUAUGUAACGAUUAUAAGCGAACAUGCGUCAGAUGUCAGGCCUCUCGCUUGGCCGUCAUUAAGCAUGUACUUCACAACGUUACGUCCGUACCGCCGGUAUAUAGUUUCGGACGACAGCUGGGAUGCGUAUUGCGGUCAUGCCCCAAGUCAGCAUUUAUGGAAUGUACGCACUGCUUACAAAAUGCCGCAGACUUGCAAGGGGUUGUUGUAAUCCAUUCGGCCGGACCCUGUGUAACCCCGCAGAAGAC